GUGUGCUCUCUUGCCGCAUAGACAAUUUAGUUUUUUUGGCAAGAAAUUGCGAUUAAUUUUUGAAUUUAACUUAUUUUAAGUGAUAACAUACAAAGCAAUUACCUAAGAUGCUACAAACACUGCUGCUCAUGGGGCUGGCGCUGCUCAGCUGUCUGAGUUGCAACAAUGCAGCUGACAAAACCAAUUUUGUGACCUGUGGCUCCAUAUUGAAAUUGCUGAACUCGGACUAUGCCUAUCGACUGCACUCGCAUGAUGUGAAAUAUGGAUCGGGUUCGGGGCAGCAAUCGGUGACUGGCGUGGAGCAAAAGGAGGAUGUGAACAGCCAUUGGGUGGUAAAGGCACAGACAAACAAGCUGUGCGAACGUGGCGAGCCCAUCGCAUGUGGUUCUACCAUUCGUCUGGAGCAUUUAACCACAAAAAAAAAUCUGCAUUCACAUCACUUUUCAUCGCCACUGUCUGGCGAACAGGAAGUCUCCGCUUAUGGUGAAGCUGGCCUGGGCGAUACUGGAGACCACUGGGAGGUCGUCUGCUCCAAUGAUAGUUGGAUGCGCGACGCACACGUACGCUUCCGUCAUGUGGACACUGGGGCGUAUCUAGGCAUGUCGGGCCGUUCGUAUGGCCGACCUAUUUCGGGUCAGAUGGAAAUUGUCGGUUUACAUAAUCCACAGCAUGGCACACGCUGGACCCCAUCGGAAGGCCUGUACAUUGUGCCCAAAGAGAAGGAGCCGACGCAUGAGGCAUCAACCCACACAGAGCUGUAGAUUGAUCCCACUAUACUAUUAGAAUUUUAAAUUGUAAAUUUAGUUAAAUUUAAAUGACUGUAAUUGAUUUUCAAAGCCAAUUUAACUGUUGAAGCGCCAACAAUGUCACAAUAAACUUAACAUCGUUUUUGUUUGUGUACCGGUA